CGCCCUGGCCCGGAGGCGGACCGUGACGCCUGCGCACGACGAGCUCGAGGGUGACUUUGUGGCUGGCAGCGCGGCCGCGGAGGGAAGAUGCUGAGCAAGUUGGUAGGGCUGCGUUACUUGGAGCUGGCCAAGUCCUGGCUUCCCACUGCUGGCACCUGGGGUGCUGUUGGUGCCGUGGGACUAGUGUGGGCUACUGACUGGCGUCUGAUCCUGGACUAUGUUCCCUACAUCAAUGGCAAGUUUAAGAAAGAUGACUAAGCCAACUCUUCGUAUGCUCAGUAUCUCAGGAUGGAAAGACUUUGGAACCGCUUUCUUCGGCGAUCCUCCUUACGCCUGGAUGUGAAAUGCUAAUGAUGGAUAGCAAGAAAAGCUGUGGGGUUGCUUGGCUUCUCUGAUUGUGAACCACUUCAAUUUGUUGUAUUUCUGUGAAAAAAG